AUGUACAGUGAUCAAAAAGAGGGGCUGCACAGUGAAGGUGAGAAUGGAGAGCCAAAAUACUAUUACGUGCAUUCUAAUGUACCUAACGACACUGCUGUUCGACUUGGUGUACCAUCGUUAACACAUAGACUGUUGGACCCUGAUGAGCUAUCCAUUGAAGAAGAGUUUGGACAGGAGGAGAAGCUUACUACUCGAUUGAAUCGACUUCUAGAAGACUACAAUGAUGGUCUUUCAGUGUUAACAGAGCUCGUGAAAAUCGCAGAUGCUGCUGGAGCCACUGAGGUUAAAUUCCUGUACGACGAAAGAACCAACAAGGAUGCCAUGACCUGUCUCAUUGACGAGGGAAUGAAAAAAUGCCAAGGUCCUGCUCUCUGGGUUUACAGCGAUGCAACAUUCAAGGAUGAGGAUUUUGUUAACAUCACAAAGCUUAAUGAAGCAACCAAAGUGCAUUACACUGAAAAGAUCGGUAGAUUUGGACUUGGUUUCAACGCAGUGUAUAACAUUACAGAUGUGCCAAUGUUUGUAAGUAAGAACUAUUUUUUCAUACUUGAUCCUAACACAUCUCACCUGGGAACUGCUAUCAAGGACACAAGAAAGCCAGGUAUGAAGAUUAAUCUCAACAAAAACGUCAGAAACCUGCAGACCUUUAAAAAUCAGUUUAAACCAUUCAAUGGCGUAUUUGGCUGUGAUUUGAGCCUUGACAGGGAAGACUACUCGUACGAUGGUACGCUAUUCAGAUUUCCAUUGAGAACAAGGGAACAGGCAGCAGUCAGUGAGAUCAGAAAAAAGUUUUACGACGAACACGAAAUAAGGAAACUGUUUGAAAUGUUUCUCGAGAAAGCGAACACGGUUCUUCUUUUUACGCAAAACGUAUUCCGCGUUGGAAUGUACUUUUUACCAAAAUCUUUGGAACAGAAUAUACAACCGUUGCCAAUGUUUCAGGUCAACAAAUCACUCGCCCAAGGAGGAAUACUGAGAGAACUGUCUUUCCCUAUCGCACUAGCAGACACCUCGAACAAACUAAGUGCAGAACAGAAGAAGUUGUUGGUGCAGUCUAAUUUUUUUCAAGCAUCAUCCAAGGUUAAAAUACUUUCCAAGAGUAAAAGAGUCAAACCAACUGAAUUCCCUGAAUCAUCCAUUGUCGUUGAUGUGGAAUGUGUUUUAACUCAGUGUGGAGUUAGUUUUUUCAAAAAGAGAAGCCCCCUGGAAGAAAACGUGAAAGCUGGUUGA